AUUUAAGCAUUGCAACUGUGUAAAUGACGCCAAACAAGUCGACAAUUGUUGAUUUCAAAAUCAUAUAUAGAUGCAAUCAUUCCUCUCGAUUGCCUACCAUUCCAUACAUCCAUCCAUCAAUCAAUCAAUCAUUCAUUCACUCAAACAACUACUACUUUGACUAUCUAAACAUCUCAAUUAACUGAUCGCAUAUUACACUCACAUAAAAUGUCUGCCUACAAAAACAUUGCUGUCGCUGGUGCCGCAGGUGAUCUCGGCUCCGCAGUCUUCAAGGCCCUCGUCGACUCCAACAAAUUCAACCUCACAGUCCUAACCCGCGCCGGCUCAACCUCCAAAUUCCCCUCCGACAUCAAAGUCAUCCAAGUCGACUACGAUAACCUCGACUCUCUCACAUCCGCCCUCCAAGGCCAAGAUGCCGUCGUCUCAACCCUUGGUAGUCUCGCCAUCCCCAGCCAAACACUCCUCAUCGACGCCGCAGUAGCCGCUGGCGUGAAGCGCUUCCUCCCUUCUGAGUUUGGCUCCAAUCUUGUCAUCCCCAGCGUUCGCAAGCUUCCCGUCUUCAAGACAAAGGUCGAUAUCGAGGAUAAGCUUACUGCUCUUGCAAGUGAAGGCAAGAUUAGCUAUACCUUUGUUUAUAACUCUGCUUUCCUUGACUGGGGCUUGAACCAUGGCUUGUUCCUUGAUUUCAAAAAGGCUGAGGCUACUCUCUGGGAUGGCGGUAACACUGAGUUCAGCACAACUACUCUCGCUAGUGUUGGCCAAGCUGUCGUUGGUGUUCUGACGCACCCUGCCGAGACAAAGGAUCGCGUUGUUUACAUUCAAGAUACUGUCGUCUCUCAGAAGAAGAUCCUCGAUAUUGCCAAGGAGCUCAACCCCAACAAGCAGUGGACUGUCAAGGAGGCCAAGAUCGACGAUGCUACUGCUGCUUCUGAUGCCAAUAUCGCAAAGGGUAUCUUUGACUGGCCUACUCUUGCUGCCUACCUAUACAGGGCCAUCUUUGACCCCACUAGUGUUCCCAAGUUCCCCAAGCUUGAUAAUGAGCUACUUGGUGUCAAGGGUGUUACCGAUGAGCAGCUCAAGGAACUUGUCAAGCCUUUUGUCCAGUAGAGAUAUAUAAAACACUGAUACAUAGUCUCAAUACCAACCAUAUAAUAUUCAUUUUCUUGAUCGAAUGUGAAACACCUUGUCUCAUAUUAUCAGAUUGAAACUUGCGAGCCC